AUGCCUGGAGAGGAGAAAAAAGUCGUACUGGUUACAGGUGGAACGGGAUAUAUUGGCAGUCACACGGUAUUGGAACUUUUAGAAGCCGGAUACGAAGCAGUUGUUUUGGAUGUUCUGUCAAAUUCUGGUAUCGAAUCCAUCAAACGGGUGGAGAAGAUGUGCAACAAAAAAAUACCGUUUGAGAAAGUCAAUUUGGUGGACUGUGCGGCUGUGGACAAAGUAUUCUCAAAGUAUAAGAUCCAUUGCGUCAUACACCUGGCAGCUUUGAAAAGCGUGGGCGAAUCUGUGAAGAAACCACUGGAUUACUACGAGAACAAUGUGACCGUUGUUCUGUCUCAUGCUUUGUUUCAGGUCAUGUCUUCACACAAUGUACGAAAUCUGGUCUUCUCCAGCUCCUGCACGGUGUACGGGACACCGCAUUUCCUACCGUUGACCGAAGAGCAUCCAAUCGGAGACUGCGUUAAUCCAUACGGAGCUUCGAAGUUCUUUGCAGAAAUCAUACUGAAGGAUCUUUGUCGAUCGGAUCCGAACUGGAAUGUGGUCAGUUUGCGCUACUUUAAUCCAAUUGGCGCACAUCCGUCUGGUGAUAUUGGGGAGCACCCUAGCGUCCCGUAUGUUACGCAGGUUGCCCUCGGACAGCGACCACAUGUAAACGUGUUCGGUAGUGAUUACAACACUCCAGAUGGAACAGGCAUCAGGGAUUAUAUUCACAUAGUGGAUUUGGCUUGGGCGCACAUCAUUUCCAUUCAAAUGUUCGAGAAAAACUGUGGACUGAAGGUUUACAAUAUUGGAACGGGAAAGGGUUAUUCCGUAUUAGAGAUUAUCCGUGAGAUGGAGAAAGCAAGCGGAAGACCUAUCCCAUAUAAGCUCUGUCCACGUCGGGAAGGUGAUACUCCCAUGGUGUUCGCCGAUGCUGGUUUGGCCGCCAGAGAGCUCGGUUGGAAAGCGAAAUUCGGACUGGAUAAAAUGUGCGAAGAUCAGUGGCGAUGGCAAACGAAAAACCCGCAUGGAUAUGCGUGA